AUGGCUCAUGAGCUUGUAGCAGGUUAUCAGAAACCUCAAGGGGAACCAAAGUGUGCGUUUAAGAUUGAUAUUCGGAAAGCUUAUGAUACAGUUGACUGGCAGUUUCUUCUAGUGAUGCUUAAGGGAAUGGGUUUUCAUCCAGUUAUGCUUAACUGGAUAAAGUCUCUAAUCACAUCGCCUACUUUCUCUAUUUGUGUUAAUGGACAACCAGAGGGUUUUUUCAUGGGGGAUGCUGCCUCAGUUGAAGUGAUAAAACGAGCUCUCCAAUUGUUUGAGGAUCGUUUGGGUUUGUCACCGAGUCUUGAAAAAAGUGAAGUGUUUUUCAGAAAUAUGGGGUUGGAUGUUCAAAAUAUUAUUCGAAACUGCUUGCCUUUUCGACCGGGGGUUUUUCCUAUUCGAUACCUUGGAGUUCCUCUCUCUCCAGUGCAAUUGAAGUACCGACAACUACUAUCCAUGAAAUUGAACAGCUGUUCCGUAAUUUUUUAUGGAAUAAAGCGGAGGGUGAAAUGGGAAAAUGUCGAGUAUCUUGGGAUAGAGUCUGUUUACCUAUACGACAUGGUGGUCUUGUCUCAUUAUAUUCGGGGCAGGAAUUUUUGGAUAAUCAAGAAGAGGAAUGAAUGGUCGUGGAUUCUUCGGAACCUUUUAGAGUUACGACCUCAUUGCAGACGACUUUUCAUCUAUAAUGUGGGAAAUGGUCUAUCUAUGCAUGCGUGGGAAGACACGUGGAGUGAGUUUGGUCCCCUUAUUCAAUUAUUGUCUUACAAAUUCAUAAAUGCUCAUGGUUUUCACAAUAACUCUACGGUUAAUGAUCUCAUGCAACGGCUUGGCACUAAUUGGCCGGUGGAAUGGUUACAACAAUUUCCCCAGUUGCAAAGUAUUAUGAUUCCACCUCCCAGUCAAAGUGAGGAUACGGUCAGAUGGGUUGAUGCUAAAUAUUCUCGAAAAGAAUUUGAG